AUGGACAACCACGCAAUCGCAACAGCGUUUGGGAUCCUCGGGGCCGUGUUGUGGUCUCUCCAAUUGUUCCCCCAAAUCUGGAAAAACUGGCGUCGUCACUCGAGUGAAUCUCUGUCCCCGUUGUUCUUUCUGGCCUGGGCUAUUGCUGGUAUACCCUUGGGUGUCUACAACAUUGUCGACGACUUGAACAUCGCCCUUCAGAUCCAACCCAACAUCCUUCUUCUGCUCAGCUUGAUCACCUGGUCGCAAUGUAAACACUACGGUGAUGGAUGGAGUUGGACCAAAACAUCAAUUGUCAGUUUGCUCCUUGCCGUGAUUUUCGGUGGUAUCGAGACGGGCUUAGUCUUCGCACUUCGUCUUGGCCGUGACAGAGGUCAUAAGUGGCCGUCUACACUUAUGGCGAUCGUCGCUGCUGUUCUUUUGGCAGGUGGUGUGUUGAGACAUUAUGUGGAUAUGAUCAAGACGAGAUCAGACGCUGGUAUGUCUCUGAAGUUUGCACUGCUGGAUGCUAGUGGAGAUCUUGCGUCUUUGAUUUCUGUCGUCUUCCAACCGCAUCUCAAGAUACUAGGUCUGGUCAUCUACGGUUCUGAGUUGGCUAUCUGGAUUGGAUUGAUUUGUCUUGUUUGCUGUUUUCGAAUCUCGCAUCGCACGAAGUCGAAGGACCCCGGUCCGAUCUUAGAGGACGUUUGA